AUGGAGGCGAAGGCAAUGGCUGCGGCUGAACGAUGCCAGCUCCUCGUGGCACUGGCGCCACUGGUGCGAGCGGCAGCGGCUGGCACGGCUGAGGGAGGUGGAGGACGCCAGCACCUCGCCGCCGCAGUCGCUGCCACGGCGCCGCACAGCGAGAAGCUCGACGGCGAGGAGCAGGUCGGGCUCGCUGCGCGGUUGCUGGCGGGCAAGACAGUCCCAGGCAGUGUACGGUUCGAGCGCAACUUCGCGGCCCACGUGGGGAUCGGCGAGGGCGCCGACGUGCUGAUCCUGGAGACCGAGGAGAAGAAGAAGAAGAAGAAGAAGAAACAGCGGGGCCAGCGGCGCGGUCGGCCGCGGGCUGGCCAGGUGGCGAUGGCCUCGGUGGAGCCCUCGGAGAGCGACUCCAGCGUGAAGGAGCGGGAGUGCAAGCAGAAGGAGCGGGAGACCAACGCGCGCGAGGACGACGGCAACGUCAAGAUCGGAAUCGACAAGGCGGCGCAGCAGGCCGCAGCGGAGCAGGUGUCCCCGUGCUCUGAUCUCUUCGCGCCCAGCGAGGAGGGCAAGCAGACGGAGCUGGAUGGCAUCGUUGACCCUAUCACGACCAAUGAGGACGGCGGCCUGGAGAAGUCCGAGAGGAUCGGGCCUGAGUGCCCCCUGCAGAAGCGACGGCCUGGAAUCUGCAGGGGGGCCUCCCGUGAAGCCGACGGGGACUUUCACGGGGGAGACGCUCAGGCCCGCGGCGCUGGCGACGGCGUUCAGGAGAAGAUCGAGAAGGUAGUGCAGCACACCCUCGGCCAUCCCGUGUGCCCUGCCGGUGACGAGUAUGCGGGCAAGCAGAAGGAGCUCGAGAGCAUCGCCACUCCCGGCACGAUGAAGAUGUUCGGGGACGUCGCCAACGUGAAGAUUGCGAAGGCGGUGCAGCAGCCCGCCGUGGAGCAGGUGCCUCACAGCUCUGAUCUCUUCGCCCCCCACGGCGAGGGCAAGCAGACGGAGCUGGAGGGCAUCGUCAACCCCACCACGAUGAAGGAGUACGCCAGCGAGAGCGACACGGAUGACGUCCCGCCUUGGGAGCGCGACGACCCAGACGACGUCGAGUUCGACCGUGCCCGCAAUCGAGCCUUCCGUGAGAAGUUGGGCCACAUCCUGAGCUUCGAGGUCUGCGAGCUGAUAUACGAGGAUCACAGGCACAGCUACGCGAGUUACGAGGGCCACCAGCUGCGCUACGAGGGCCACAAGCAGAACUACGAGAGCCUCCCGCAGAGCUACCAAGGCAAAUUGGCCGCCCGAAUCGUCCCAGUCGAGGUGUUCGGACACUUCGGGCGCGCCGCCCCGCCCCGCGAGUCGUGCCGGUGGGGCGACCCACGAACCUACCAGAACGAAUCGCUCGAGUCGUACCGGUUAGGACAUGUGCCUCUCACCCGGCACACUGGCCACACGCGCCAGUUCACUAUCCUGUCGCUCUCCGCCUGCAGCUCCUGCAUCUUCCAGGACCAGACUUCGGGUUGGAGCUCGCCGGAGGUCAGGCGCAAUCCGGCGUACAAGCUGAAGCAGCAGGAGGCGCGCAGAUUGGCCAUGCAGCCGCAGGCUGCGCCCCGGCCGCAGUGGGAGGAGCAGGCCCAGAGAAGGGUCGCCGCCCAGCAGCAGCAGCAGCAGCAGCCGGACAGGGGCCAGCGGCGCAAGUCGCACUCGCCCUCGCCGCCCCGCCGGGGCGCCGCCGCGCGGGAGGAGGCCGCGGCGGCGGCCGCGGAGGAGCAGCGCGCCCGCGAGCUGAAGGAAGAGGAGGACCGGAAGCAACGGGACCGGCAGGACGAGGACAAACGCCGCAGGAAAGCCCAGGAGGAGGAGAUCCAGAAGCAGCGCAUGGCGGACAUGGAGAAGGCGUGGGCCGAGGACCGCGCAGAGCGGAAGGCGCGGGAGGACAGCCAGCGCGUUGCGCGACCGGCCACCUCCGACCUCAGGUUGCAGUCGCAGCUGCACCUUUUGCGGGGCGCGUCCCCAAAAGUCUCUGGCACUGGCGUCCAAGGUCCGCUGCUGGAGCUGCCGCGCCCACGACCUACAGGCAUCCAGGACGUGGGCGACACUGCCAGCCACGGCCACGAUUACGUCGCAGAAGAUGCACAGUUGCUGCUCGGUUGCUACCGCAGAGUCCUUCCAAGGCUGGGCUCCAGGGACUGCAUCCGGGAGCUUUGGAGCACCGGGCUGCACGGCCAACAGCCAGUCGCGACGAUGGAGAUGCGCAUCUCAGCGCGCGGAGAUCAAUUUGCGCUCCUGAGCCUACACAUCGCGCAUAAUAUUGGACAUUGUCUCGCAGCCUGCUGCGCUGAGCUCGACGAGGCCGUCGGCGGCGUCGCCGCGGUCGCUGGGCGCUUGCAGCAGGGGGGCGUGCGCCUUUGCGAGUUGGCAGCCGGCGACUUUUUCAAGAACCUCCAGGGCCAUUAG